CAGGGGCGGGAGCUCACUUCUCUCGACGCUAUGCGCCGCCGCAGAGCUGACCCGCCCGUCGCUCCGCCCCCUGGGAAAGCCCGCACCACCAUGGAGGAGUACCACCGCCACUGCGACGAGGUUGGCUUCAAUGCUGAGGAAGCCCACAAUAUCGUGAAGGAGUGUAUAGAUGGUGUCUUAGGAGGUGAAGAUUAUGAUUAUACCAGCAUCAACCAAUGGACUGCAAGCAUAGUCGAACAAUCUUUAGCCCAUUUGGUUAAGUUGGGAAAAGCUUAUAAAUAUGUUGUGACCUGUGCCGUGGUCCAGAGGAGUGCAUAUGGCUUUCACACAGCCAGCUCAUGUUUUUGGGAUACUACAUCUGAUGGAACCUGCACUGUGAGAUGGGAGAAUCGAACCAUGAACUGUAUCGUCAAUGUUUUUGCAAUCUCAUUUGUUCUGUGACAGACUAAAAAUGUUCAGUCAAAGCCAUUAACUUAAGAUUUUGUCAGUGUGUCCUAUCUAAAAAGAGUAAUAGUUGCUUAUUAAUUUGCUAGAUGACAACUGUGCAAUAUGCUUCAAAGCUAUCAACAAAAGCUGAAUAUUAUAAGCAAAGAAUCUAAUGGUAAGUGGACAGAUUAUUUCACAUUCUGUAUCAUAUCAUUUAAAUAGGAAGAAUUUAAUGUUAGUAAAAAAAAUACAAAACAUGGUAUAACCUGAAAAUACAAUCUUAUAUUACGUUAGCUACAUUAAUCGUAUGUACCUAAGGAGAUGGGGAAAUCUAGUCAAGUAGGUUAACAGUUUAAUAUGAGCAAAAGCCUGUCAGGACAAAUGUGGAGAAAAUAACUUAGUUCACAUUUCUUAGUUUAUUUCUUCUCUGCACUUAGUUGUACAUAUGAUUUAAUGGAAAUAAUUCUGUUCUUGCUUAUCAACUAAUACUAAAAUAUCAACUUAUUUACUUUUGGACAGUUGUUAAAUCCAUCCUUUAAAAUUUCAUUUAUUUAUUUUAUUUAUUUUAAUUUUUUAUUUUUAACCAGGGCACUGCUCAGUUCUGGCUUAUGGUAGUGCGGGGGAUUGAACCUGAGACCUCAGAGCCUCAGGCAUGAGAGUCUGUUUGCACAACCAUUAUGGUAUCUCCCCCACUCCAUUCUUUAAAUUUCCAAAUUCUUGGAUUUACAUUUGAGGAUGGAUGAAAUCUAUUUAAACAGAAUUAUAGCGUGUGAUGCAAGGUAGAGGACUCUAACAGCUGCCUUUCAAUUCACUCAUUCUGUGUGGAGCAUUCAAUUUCUUUUUUUUUUUUUAAUUUUUUAUUUUUAACCAGGGCACUGCUCAGUUCUGGCUUAUGGUAGUGCGGGGGAUUGAACCUGAGACCUCAGAGCCUCAGGCAUGAGAGUCUGUUUGCACAACCAUUAUGGUAUCUCCCCCACUCCAUUCUUUAAAUUUCCAAAUUCUUGGAUUUACAUUUGAGGAUGGAUGAAAUCUAUUUAAACAGAAUUAUAGCGUGUGAUGCAAGGUAGAGGACUCUAACAGCUGCCUUUCAAUUCACUCAUUCUGUGUGGAGCAUUCAAUUUCUAUUAAAGCAUACAUCUCUGCUAGGCAUUAAAGGUAUCAGUGUUAUUCAUAGUCUUAGAUUUUCUGGUACCUGUUCAGUUAGACUACUAAUAUUUAUGUUUUGGGGCAGUAAAGACUUUGAAAAGAGAGAGAGAAAAGGUGAAUCUGGUUAUCCAUGUAGAAGUGAGCAACGUUGGAAGCACUUACUGCUGACAGAGAAUUAUAGAUGUAAUGUUAAGAAUUGCUUCUAGCAAGUAAAAAAUACAUAAAACAUGCAACUCUUAAUUAAAGGCCUUCUUUGCAGCCUAACUAUAUACAUAUGCAUUUUAUCAUUGCUUUAGUUACAACAAUAAAACACUUGUAAUAAUCACGUGGGGUUCAAAUUAAGUGGAGAAAAUAUACAAUCACUAGCAGGUUAUCAACUAACUGUCUCAGGGCUUAUGAAAUAUCAUUAAAUUUAUUGAGAAAGUGAAAGAUGAGAAAUUAGGGAACACAGCUGGUCAUCAAAUACGAAGUCAGUCUGCUAUUUAACCUUAAAAGCAGAUCCAACCUAGCAUAUUACCACUAACACUAGUACAUAGAAGGAGUAGAACCAUGAUUCAUUGCAUUUUUUGGAGGAAAGAAAAGCUUAGUAUUAAUACUGACAAAAUUAAGAUAGUAUUCUGGCAGAAAUACUAUGAAUGUGUGAUAUUUUUGCUGAGUGACAGUAAUUAUUAAAUGUCUAAGUAGAAUUCUAAGGAAGUACAAAGUCAGAGUUUGAUGCAGUGAUCUAUAUUUUUGCCAAAAAUGCUCAUAGUCACUUCUGUUACUUUACACUGCUGGCUUUUGUGUCCUUGAAGAUUCUAUUAAUGAUCAAAAUAACUGUCCAGUUGAGACUUGCUUUUGAUUUUUGUUGUUGAAGCCUGAAUUUAAAAGAAUAAUAAAAAAUACCUCGUGAACUUGCUACUAUCUACUGUUUCUAGUUAAAAUAUAAUAAAGAUUAUCUUCUUGUGCUGUA